AAAUAAAAUGUAAUAAAACUUACAUAAAUUGUGCGAAUGUGUUUCUAAAUUUCUGUGUAUGUGUCAAUAGAAGUAAACGUAACGUUUUGGUUAAUUUAAAACGACUCCAAAGUACCAAAACUAUGUCGGAAGAUACAGCGAUUGUGACCUUUAAAGUGAAUUUGACCGGUACACGCAUUGCGCCCUACGAAGUAGUCGGCGUGAUGGGCAAUCAGGAGGCGCUCGGCGAAUGGAAUGUGCAAUUGGCGCCACGUUUAAAACGCUCCGCAGACGACUAUAGCGAGUGGACGGCGGUAGUUGAGCUUUCGCUGGAGAAACUCUUACGCUAUCGUUAUUUUAUCGCCGCGGUAGACAAAGCCACACAGAUUGUGCAAGCACGUCGUUGGGAGAUACAAGAGCGUGCGCGCGAAAUCAAACUCGAGUGUAAGGAAGUGGAAUGCGUCGAUCGCUUCGGUUGCAUUUGUCUAAAUAAACUGAAAGUGCGCAAAGCUUGGCUUAACACCGGACAUGUAGUGCUGUUCAAGUUGUUCUUCAAUGCAUUGGAGUUUAAAGAGAACUUACCCAUAGUGCCGGAAGAAGAGAUCAGACUCAAGCUUGAGCCUGUUAAUCCGGAGUUAAUGCUACCCAUAUUGCCAUCGGCGCGCGCAUAUGCGCAAUAUUCGAGUAUGAUUUAUGGUGGCAGUCAAAUGAAAGAGCAGCCCGAUUUGGGUGUGGUUUAUAAUAAUAAUACAUUGAUGUUUCAAGUGAUGAUGGUGGACAAAGCGAUGGUCGGUUAUUUGCUGAAGUUGAAUUUGUCCAACGAAUCGACGGGUUGCGUACAGCUCUUGGGUCAAAUGUAUAUACCACCCGAGGCUUUAGACACCAGCGAGGGUCUGUUGACUGUCAGUUUUGCUAGUAUCACUAAUGGCAUGGAAGUGGCACGUUUGAAAUUGAAAUAUUUAGUUAUCAACGCCAUGUCGGAUUGGCAGGUGAAGUUGAAUACAACCUUCCUGCAGUAUUGGCCGCGUCGCUGGAAGGGUCUUGACAUCGGACACCGUGGUAUCGGACGCAGUUUCAUUGCCGACAAUCCAGCGCCCAUAUUGGAGAACACGCUGCACUCAAUGCAGGAGGCUUACAAGGCUGGCGCUGAUAUGGUCGAGUUCGAUGUGAUGCUGACUAGAGAUUUGGUGCCCAUCAUCUAUCACGACUUCGAGUUGAUUGUUUGUUUGACCGCUGAUAGCAAACCGCUUACCAAGACGGAUCUUUGCACGAAAUCUGUCAAAGAUUUCACCUACGAAGAGCUGCAGCAUUUGGUCACUUAUCGCAUUAUUAACGAGCGCAUUGUAGAAUAUCCUUCGCCGUGCAGUGUUAGCAAUCCCGCAGAGCGUUUGUUUCCAACUUUGUCCGAGUUUUUCACCACCACAAAUCGUUUUCUCGGCUGCAAUAUGGAAGUGAAGUGGCCGCAAGCUUAUUAUGCCGGCGGCAUUGAGAGCAUACAGACUAUCGAUAAAAAUCAGUAUGUGGACGCCAUAUUGAGCGUGGUAAAGGACGUCAGUUGGGGUCGCUUGUGCUGCUUUAGUUCCUUCGAUGCGGAUAUUUGCAUCAUGUUGCGUUUCAAACAGAAUAUUUAUCCCGUCUUCUUUACGGUUUCGCAUAAUGUGCCGGAAUUUUUGGAUCCGCGCACGCACUGUCUACAUCCGGCGGUUAAUACCGCGCAGGCGUUCGACUUGAAUGGCAUUGCGCCGGCUGCGAGCAUCCUUGAAAACCAUCCGGACGCUGUGACGCUGGCCAAUCGACAGAAGAAGUGGGUUAUGCUGUGGGGUGACAAGCUGUGCGAUCGCCCCGCCAUCGAAUGGUACAAGAAGCAGGGUGUGCAUGGUUUGAUCUACGAUCAUAUAGAGUCGCUCAUGCCCGUCGAUAAGCAAAAUGUGUUCGAAAAGGAUGAACGUUUGCAGAAACUCUUCAAAUUACAGCUGAGCUGCGGUUGUCGUUGAAAAUUUGUGUAUUCUU